CGUUGUGGACUCCAAGUUAUCAUAGUGUAGGAAAGCCCAAUAAGGCCCAACCACCGAAAGAAAGCUAAAGAAGAAGAAGAAGAAGGUGUCAAACUAAUUUGCUGUGAUUCUACUCCAAAUAGUUGAUUCGCAAAUAGACGCGUGUUAAUCGAUCCUCAAGGAAACGACCCGUUUUACCCACAGACCCGACCCGACACGACUCGACUUCCUUCACCUCGUCAAAUCGGUUGAUCGGCCUCCCGAAAUCUCCGGGCAAAGUUCAUCUGUAGCUUCAUUUCUGGGAGAGUCUAUGGCUGCAAAGGAAGGUGCAGAAUCGAACAUCAUUGAGGAUCAUGAUCUCUGGAUCCGAGCAAUGCAGAGUAGCCGGUCCAGCAUCAAUAUUCUGCAAGACAGGUUCGUAACUGUUGAGGAAUCUGCUCUGGUUUGCAAGCAAGUCUCACAAAAGGAGACUGAUAUUCUCUGGAGACGAGUGAAAACCGCAACAGCGUUACUGACCUACCUGAAAUCAAAAGCAACAACUCUGGCUGCUGCGGAUUUGGCUCAGCUGUCACCUGCAACCGACCAGCUCGAGGUUGAUGUGCUUGUCAAUACUAGUUGCUUUCCCGUUUCUGGAUUGUUAGAGAGCAUUGCCGACGCUCAGCUAACGAUGGAGACUGGUAGGAGACAAGGAUCAACAGAUGAAAAUGAUGGGACUUAUGUCACUGAGAUGCUGAAGCAUGUAGAGACCGUUACAGGCGUGAUGGAGUCUCUGGCUAGGCGUGCCAUAAUCGCAGAAUCCGAAGCCGCAAUUGAGAAAGGGAAGGUUAUGUUAAGUCAAGAAGAAAUCCAAAGAAAGGUUGGCCAAAUCGACAACAUGUCCAUGAAAUUGGAGGACAUGGAAAAGUUUGCUCUUGGGACCAGUAGUAUUCUCUGUGAAAUGCGGCAGAGGGUUGAUGAUUUGGUCGAAGAAACGUCUAGACAGAAGCAAAGAGCUACGGAAAAUGAGCAGGAACUCUGUCGUGUCAGGAGAGACUUUGAGUCGCUUAAAUCCUAUGUUACAAGUCUCAUCAGCGUCAGAGAAACACUCGUCUCAUCGGAGAAGCAGUUCCAAACAAUCGAGAGACUUUUUGAACGGCUUGUGGCAAAGACAACGCAGUUGGAAAGCGAGAAAGUGCAGAAAGAAGCAGAGGUUCAGAAACUAUUGGAAGAGAAUGUAAGACUGACGGCUCUUGUUGAUAAGAAAGAGGCGCAGCUUCUGGCCAUGAAUGAGCAGUGCAAAAUGAUGGCCCUAAGCUCCAUGUAAAGAUUGAGAGAUUUGCUAUAUUAUCAUCUCUCUUCCACAUGUAAACAUAAAUGAAACCCUCAUUUGAUACAACCGCCGUUUUCAUCCUUGUUUGUAUGUAUACCAAGAAAAAUAUUGGGAGACUCUUCUUAUGUGAUUGUACACUCCCCCCUGCACACGAAAUGAAAUUACAUAGUGGAUUGGCAUA